AUGACCGAGAAAGUUUAUCCAGGAGAAAGAGCUAAAAUUUCAGUUAUUUUUAAAAUUAACGAAGAAAAUUAUGACCAGUACGAAAAUCGAGGGAAUAAAAUCAUCGAGAUCAAAUUUAGCCUAGCUCAUCCGGAGGAAGGAUACUUUGGAGAACCCCUUAGAGCAUAUUGUGAGAUAGACCCAGUCCAAUUCCAUCAGAACCAAGCUUUACUGUCCCAACAGAGCUACGGGCUUGAUAAAUGCCCUGAUGAAGAUAGCACGGCUGUGUGGAUGGACUAACAUUUAUUUUAAAUUUGCGAAAUGUAAGAAUUCUUUACGAUCUAA